AUGCCGGCCAAGUCCCGCUUUACACGGCUCGAUGCCUUUACCAAGACGGUGGAAGAUGCGCGCGUGCGCACAACAUCUGGUGGUAUCGUGACGCUGGUGAGCUUGGUGGUCAUCUUCUGGUUAACAUGGGGAGAGUGGGCGGAUUACAGGAGAGUGACGGUUCGCCCGGAGUUGAUUGUGGAUAAAGGCAGGGGCGAGCGCAUGGAGAUCAGUCUGAACAUUACGUUCCCACGGAUGCCGUGCGAGCUGCUGACGCUCGAUGUCAUGGAUGUGUCUGGGGAAUUGCAGAUGGGCAUUACACAUGGUAUCAAUAAGGUGCGACUGAGCCCGGAGGUUGAUGGCAGCAAGGUGAUUGACGCUAAGCCGCUGGACUUGCACCAAGACGAGGCCUCUCACCUUGAUCCCUCAUACUGUGGUAACUGCUAUGGCGCUCCUCCGCCAACGAACGCCAUAAAGCACGGUUGCUGUAACACGUGCGACGAAGUCCGGGAUGCAUACGCCUCUAUAUCAUGGUCCUUUGGCCGUGGUGAGGGUGUGGAGCAAUGUGAGCGCGAACAUUAUGCCGAGCACCUUGACGAACAACGCCAGGAAGGUUGCCGUCUCGAAGGCAGUAUCAAGGUGAACAAGGUUGUGGGAAACUUCCACAUUGCGCCUGGAAAGUCGUUUUCGAACGGCAACCUGCACGUGCACGAUCUUGAGAAUUACUUCAGGGACGAGUACGCACACACCUUUACCCACAAGAUUCAUCACCUGCGAUUCGGUCCUCAGCUCAGUCAGGCUGUGGUCCAGGACAUGGCCAAGAAACACAUGGCCACCGGUCCGGGCGGAUGGACAAACCACCACGUCAACCCGCUCGACCACACGGAACAGCGCACCGACGAGAAGGCGUUCAACUACAUGUACUUUAUCAAAGUCGUGUCCACUGCCUAUCUGCCCCUCGGCUGGGAAAAGAGUGCCGAUGGCUCCAGUUCCGGCGGGUACGACGACCUUCUCGGCACCACCAUUCACUCCGUAAACAAGGGCAGCAUCGAGACACACCAGUACUCCGUCACUAGUCACAAGAGGAGCCUCCAGGGCGGUAGCGAUGAGAAGGAAGGCCACAAGGAGAGAAUCCACGCCAGGGGCGGCAUUCCAGGUGUCUUCUUCUCCUAUGACAUCUCGCCGAUGAAGGUCAUCAACCGCGAAAUGCGCGAGAAGACGUUCUCUGGCUUUCUCGUUGGCCUUUGCGCGGUCAUUGGCGGGACGCUGACAGUGGCUGCGGCGGUCGAUCGGGCGCUGUAUGAGGGUGUGAAUAAGAUCAAGAAGAUUCACUCCAACUAG